AUCCGUCCGGCCAAUAGGGCACGCUCAGUCGGCGGGUGGAUGAACGCGGCCCUCUGUAAUGGCGGAGCGUGGCGGGGACGGGGGGGACGGUGAGCGAUUCAACCCGGGGGAGCUCAGGAUGGCUCAACAGCAGGCCUUGAGAUUCCGAGGCCCGGCUCCCCCACCAAAUGCAGUGAUGAGAGGCCCACCACCUCUUAUGCGGCCUCCGCCACCUUUUGGUAUGAUGCGAGGCCCUCCACCACCACCUCGGCCCCCUUUUGGACGUCCUCCUUUUGAUCCUAAUAUGCCGCCAAUGCCUCCUCCAGGAGGGAUUCCUCCACCUAUGGGCCCUCCGCACCUCCAGAGACCACCUUUUAUGCCUCCACCCAUGGGAACCAUGCCUCCUCCUCCGGGUAUGAUGUUUCCACCAGGAAUGCCUCCUGUGACUGCUCCUGGUACUCCAGCAUUGCCUCCUACUGAAGAGAUAUGGGUUGAAAAUAAAACUCCAGAUGGGAAGGUUUAUUAUUAUAAUGCUCGGACACGUGAAUCUGCAUGGACCAAACCAGAUGGAGUUAAGGUUAUUCAGCAGUCAGAACUGACACCUAUGCUUGCAGCCCAGGCUCAGGUUCAGGCCCAAGCCCAGGCCCAGGCCCAGGCCCAGGCCCAGGCGCAGGCUCAGGCGCAGGCACAAGCACAAGCUCAAGCGCAGGCCCAGGCCCAGGCCCAGGCGCAGGCCCAGGCUCAGGCACAAGCACAGGCUCAGGCGCAGGCCCAGGCGCAGGCCCAGGUGCAGGCUCAAGUACAAGCACAAGCAGUAGGAGCUUCCACCCCUACAACCAGUAGCCCAGCACCUGCAGUGUCCACUUCAACAUCAUCAUCCACCCCAUCCUCUACCACUUCUACCACAACAACUGCCUCUUCGGUUUCGCAGACAGUAUCAACACCCACAACACAAGAUCAGACCCCAAGUUCUGCUGUUUCAGUUGCCACGCCUACAGUUAGUGUUUCAACUCCUGCUCCUACAGCCACACCUGUGCAAACUGUUCCCCAGCCGCAUCCCCAGACGUUACCUCCUGCUGUUCCUCAUUCAGUACCUCAGCCAGCAGCAGCAAUACCUGCCUUUCCACCAGUAAUGGUACCUCCGUUUCGUGUUCCCCUUCCUGGCAUGCCAAUUCCACUUCCAGGUGUAGCAAUGAUGCAAAUAGUCAGCUGCCCGUAUGUAAAGACAGUCGCUACCACCAAGACCGGUGUGUUGCCAGGCAUGGCCCCUCCUAUCGUACCUAUGAUACAUCCCCAGGUUGCUAUUGCAGCUUCCCCUGCUACCUUAGCUGGAGCGACGGCAGUUUCUGAGUGGACUGAAUAUAAAACAGCGGAUGGAAAGACCUAUUACUAUAAUAAUAGAACUUUAGAAUCAACCUGGGAAAAACCCCAAGAGCUAAAGGAAAAAGAAAAAUUAGAGGAGAAGAUUAAAGAGCCAAUUAAAGAACCUUCUGAAGAACCUCUGCCAAUGGAGACGGAGGAGGAGGACCCUAAAGAAGAGCCAAUAAAGGAGAUAAAGGAGGAGCCCAAAGAGGAGGAGAUGACUGAAGAAGAAAAGGCUGCCCAGAAGGCAAAGCCAGUAGCUACUACCCCUAUUCCCGGUACUCCAUGGUGUGUCGUUUGGACUGGUGAUGAGCGGGUCUUCUUUUAUAAUCCUACCACCCGUCUUUCUAUGUGGGACCGACCUGAUGAUCUGAUUGGAAGGGCAGAUGUUGACAAAAUUAUUCAGGAGCCUCCUCAUAAAAAAGGAAUGGAAGAAGUGAAGAAACUAAGACAUCCAACUCCCACAAUGCUGUCCAUCCAAAAAUGGCAGUUUUCUAUGAGUGCAAUUAAAGAAGAACAAGAAUUAAUGGAAGAACUUAAUGAAGAUGAACCUGUUAAGGCCAAAAAACGGAAGAGAAUGUCAAAGAAGUCCUUUAUGUGGAUUGCCCGAGCUUCUCUAUUUAGGAGAGACGAUAAUAAAGACAUUGAUUCAGAGAAAGAAGCUGCGAUGGAAGCUGAAAUUAAAGCUGCCCGAGAAAGGGCCAUUGUCCCUCUGGAGGCCCGAAUGAAGCAGUUCAAGGACAUGCUGCUAGAGAGAGGGGUGUCUGCUUUUUCAACAUGGGAGAAGGAGUUGCACAAGAUAGUUUUUGAUCCUCGGUACUUACUUCUCAAUCCUAAAGAGAGGAAACAGGUAUUUGAUCAGUAUGUAAAGACGAGGGCAGAAGAAGAACGCAGGGAAAAGAAAAACAAAAUAAUGCAAGCCAAGGAAGAUUUCAAAAAAAUGAUGGAAGAAGCAAAAUUUAAUCCCAGAGCUACUUUUAGUGAAUUUGCAGCCAAGCAUGCUAAAGAUUCAAGAUUCAAAGCGAUUGAAAAGAUGAAAGAUCGAGAAGCCUUGUUUAAUGAAUUUGUGGCAGCUGCAAGAAAGAAAGAGAAAGAAGAUUCGAAGACCAGAGGUGAGAAGAUUAAAUCGGAUUUCUUUGAACUGUUAUCUAAUCAUCACCUGGACAGUCAGUCUCGAUGGAGCAAAGUGAAAGACAAAGUAGAAAGUGACCCACGUUACAAAGCAGUGGACAGUUCAUCAAUGAGAGAAGACCUUUUCAAACAGUAUAUUGAAAAAAUAGCCAAGAAUUUAGACUCGGAAAAAGAAAAGGAGCUUGAAAGGCAAGCCCGCAUUGAGGCAAGCCUUCGAGAAAGAGAAAGAGAGGUCCAAAAGGCUCGUUCAGAGCAAACAAAAGAAAUAGACCGAGAGAGAGAGCAACACAAACGAGAAGAAGCUAUCCAGAAUUUCAAGGCUCUUUUGUCUGACAUGGUACGGUCUUCGGAUGUGUCAUGGUCUGAUACUCGGAGGACUCUGCGGAAAGAUCACCGUUGGGAGUCUGGAUCCUUGUUGGAAAGAGAGGAGAAAGAGAAGCUUUUUAAUGAACACAUUGAAGCACUUACCAAAAAGAAGAGGGAGCACUUUAGGCAACUUCUGGAUGAAACUUCUGCAAUUACCUUAACAUCCACAUGGAAAGAAGUAAAAAAAAUCAUUAAAGAAGAUCCUCGGUGCAUUAAGUUCUCCUCCAGUGACAGGAAAAAACAAAGAGAAUUUGAAGAAUACAUCAGAGACAAAUACAUCACAGCCAAAGCUGACUUCAGGACGCUUUUGAAAGAGACCAAAUUUAUAACCUAUAGAUCCAAAAAGCUAAUCCAGGAAUCUGAUCAACACCUGAAAGAUGUAGAAAAAAUCUUGCAGAACGACAAACGGUAUCUAGUACUAGACUGUGUGCCCGAGGAGAGGCGUAAACUGAUUGUGGCAUAUGUGGACGACCUGGACCGCCGGGGUCCACCCCCGCCUCCCACAGCGUCAGAGCCCACAAGACGAUCAACAAAAUAAUUCUCAGUACUCUUCCACAGGGGGAUCUUCAUUCAGAACGCUUGCAUGAGCCAAUUUUCAGGUUUUUACAUGUAUGUGCAUUAGUCAAACUAUUGCAGAACCAUCUGACGAACAGAAGGAGAAGCAUUCGUGAACCGUUUCUGAACAGAGAACACUUUGGAAAUAAUUUAUGCUUUUCUUUGUGUGGCAUGACUGACAUACAUACUCAAAUAUAGGCUGUCUCUAGUAAAUCUAAAAUCUCGAAGCUAAAAAUCAUCCUUUUAUGAGGUGUGGAAGUCAGUGACUUUGGUGACGUUCUUUCUAGCAGUGUUAAACAUGCA